GUACCAGCUCAGCUGAUUUUGCCAGGUGCUCACUGACGCCAUUGGUUCAGCCCCAAGCAAAAGAGCUUUCUUUAUGCCAGUUGUUGGCAUGAAUAGAUUAGAUGAAUAGAUGAUACUCAGACAGAUCGAACCCAAUCCAUCAAGGUGCUUUGGACUACGUACCAGGUAGUUGUUUCAUGAAAGAUAGAGGCCACGAUCUAGUAGCCUUCUUCCAUCAUUCCUUAUCUAUCGGUGGGAGAGAGAUCUUUUGGUUUCGUUUGAAUUACAUUUUCGGCCUUGCGAGAAAACUUGGGAGAUAUUCAACCUCAAGGGUAGACUUUCAGAGUUGCUGUUGACGGCAGAUAAAAGGAACGGACCAAGGUAUUCUAUCAAGUUAUCAAGAUUCCUUGGAUGAUCCAACCUGCUUGCCUACACUAGCUAGACUAUCAAGAUCUAUAAACUUACUUGAUAAAAGGACAAGAGGGUAUACAGCAAAAGAAGCAGGACUCACAACGUCAAGAUGGAGAAGUUAAUUUUGGGAUUGCUCCAGGAGCAUCUGGGGAAGUACAUUGUGGGCUUUCGCAAAGAAAUGGUCAAUGCCAGUGUUUUGAAUGGCAAGGGAGAAAUCAAAGACUUGUCUCUGAAUUGUGCCGCCAUCAAUCAACAGCUAUCCAGUGUCCUGCCCUUUAUCGAACUUGAUUCCAUUCAUAUUUCCAAAGUCAGUUUCCAAGUCACGUCUUGGACCAAUCUACGCAAAUCACCCAUCAAGGUAGAUAUUGAACACAUUUCCGUCCACAUGAGUGAACCACUCCAUUACUUGAUGAUUCCAAACGCUAGUAACAAUAACAAGAACAGCAAAAAACGACAACGAAUACGGCACAUGACGAUAUCGGAAAUGGAACAGCAUUUUGCCACUCUACAAGAAGAAUGCAAACAAAACAAAACUCCCUUUGUCAAUCCCAACAAACGCGGUGGCUACAAUCUUGUGGAUAGAAUACUCGACAAUCUCAUGCUGGAAAUCAAAUCCAUCUAUGUCCAAUUCCAAACCUGGGGGAAAUUCAAAACGCGACGACCGGGGCCCUGGACACCCCCCUUGCUGCAAUUCAAAUUGACCAAUCUGCGUUAUGUCAGUGUCGACGAGUACGGUCAAGAGGGAACGCCCGAUGAAGUCUGGGCCCACAACCACAAACCGGUACCACGAGGCCAAGAACGGACCCUGCUCAUUUUUAAAAAGGUGUCCAUGGAAUACGAUUUUGGCGUUCAGACGGCCACACAACAAUUCUCACUUUUUACCGGACGAGGAGGUGUCCAACCGCCAGUGCCAUCAGAGGAUGACGACAAAGACAAGAAGAAACGGGAACCCAGCAAACCAACCACGGCGGAAUCUCCGACGGCCGCUGAAACGGUGGCGGCAUUGGCCAAUGCGACAGGACCAGUGUCGUUACCAGUACCCAAUGCUGCCGCUGCAGAGACCGUGGCAGCCUUGGCAUCGACUGUAGCAUUAGGAGAAGCAGAUCAACAGAAAGAAGUGGAAACUGAAGCCACCUCACCAGAAUCUGAUAAAACUGACUCGACAACCAAAGAUCAACAAGAACCAAGCAAUAGUCAAGACAAGGAUGCGACUGCAGAAGAAUCAGCUACAGGAGAUUCGCCAACAUCUACAACCAAAGCAGAAGGAAAGAAUGAAAGUGACCAAGAACCCAGUGACAAAAGAGAAGAGGCAACUCCGUCAACUACAAAAGGAAAAGACAAUGGAGAAAAAAACGAAGCAGAAAAGGGCAAAACAGCCACAAAAGACGAUGAUGGUCACGAUCACAACAACACCAACAACAACAAGGUGGUGGUGCACAUGGCCAUGAAACGGCGCGUCCGUGAUGGAGCACUCUUGGCGGCUCAAGUAGAUACAACUCUCUCCAAUGUAGAAAUGCUCAUUCCAGCCGAAGUGGUCCCUCUCUUGAUCCAUGCUGCACUGGGAGUGCAAUUCUGUUUAGCCAAGGAUCGAGGAUUCGAGGAUCCCCUGCGGAGUGAAGAUGAUCAUACAGAUCACAAUGAUGCCAGUGCACGGAAUUCGUCCGUGCGGAAGGGUGACAAGAAGAAGGACCAAAAAGAAGGACACGACGAGAACCCUGCUACAACCGAGAACGACAAUGUUGAACCAGCAAAGGAGGAUGAACCGCAAGAAACGGGCGCCACAAGCGAUGACAGCAAAUUAGUCAACGGAGAAGGAUCGGGGGGAAAAGUGGAGGGGGGUAGUACGAAGAAGGAAAAUGGACAAGAAGAGGGCGUAGAAAACGGAGAAGGGUCCGCGGCACCCACAGUGGCCACGAGUGCUUCUGACGCUCAGGUACCUCAAUCCAGCGAUGACAGAGUUGUGACAGGAGGGGAAACCACCUCGAACGAUGGCAGCGAAACAGGAGGCGCUUCUGUAGAAACAUCGUCGGUCAAGAUUGAAGAGCCACAACUGAAACUCCCAGAUUCUGUCCUAGAGGUGCUGGAAAGUGGCGGUGCCGACAAUGCAAGCAUCACAGGGGACAUCUUGGCCGCCCUGGACGACACAUCCAUAGUGGGUGACAACGAUUCUUUUGAUGGGAGCACCAUUUCUCAACUUCAACCCGUCCAAGCAACGAAGAACUUUGCUAAGUCAAUUUCGUCGCUUUUCUCGAGACGUUCCGUCACUGCCCAGUCGUCCUCAGAGGUGGCAAAGGCGGCCGCGGAUGCAGCGACAACAACGACGGCGGACUCAAAGACGACAACUCCCACUAAAGAGGAUACGAACACUACUGUUGGGGCAGAGGGUGUGAAACCAGUGGACAGAGCCAUUAUCAUGCUACCCAACGGACUCGUUAUACACGAAAAACUAUCGUUCAGUGUUUCUGUGGACCGAGCUACCAUUCGUGGUGUUUAUCCGUCUCGACAGCAAACAAAGCCUACUACUAGUAGUACUAACGAGGAAAAGCUCGACGAAGAUGAAUCGGAUGAAAGACCUGAUAACCAAAGUGAGCGACAAAGCCCUGAUGGAAGUGACUACAUUCAGGUUGACUCCAAUGGAGCAGUCGUGGAACUUAUUUGGCCUAAAUCCAAUCUCAAAAAGGGAGGCUAUGCCCAGGCGUCCGUGUCAUACAUGUCAAUUCAGGAAAGAUACGGGAAAAGAAUACGGACAAUAAUGUCCGGAGGAGUCAAGCAAGAUCCACUUGCCAAACCAAUAGAGAAACCAACCGAGCCACCAGCAGAGGUGUCGAAAGAAGAAUCCUUUCCGCUCUUUGAAGAUCGAGCAAUCCGAGAAGACCCAUUGGAUUUACGUCGGUCAUUUCCAGCACAAGCCCUGGGGUUGAUGACCACAAUUGACUGUCAACGUAGGAAAAAGCUUCCGCCCAGAACAGAGGUGCAGUCGUCACCACCAACUACUAUCACAACGAGCAAUGCCAACGAUUCCGCUGCAAUACUGGAGGAGGAAGAGGAGGAGAACAACCCGCAAGCCGACAAACCCGUCACAGAAGAGACUGAUACUAGAGAUGGGGAAGAAGUUGUGGACGUCCUGAUGGUCACGAACGAUGUAGGCAUGGAGAAAGUCAAGGUUGUUUUUGAUUGUGAUUGCUGGUGCCGUGCAUUGAGAUUCUUACUGAAUGAAGGCGGUGGUGGCUUUGAUGGUCGAUGGCUGACGGGAGAAUGGACAGACUUGCUCGCUAUUGAAAUGCUGGUACACCCCAACACUCCUCUGGAGUUAGAGGAUCAUCUACAACCGAUCACGGAAUUAUUUCUGGAUGAAAACCUAUUCGUUUCGUCUGAUCUUUUUCACGUGAACGCCAGAAUUUCUGGAAGCGAGAUCCGAGUCCCUGCAGCGAUCCAAGAGAAUGUCAGAUCAUGUGAUAUUGUGGCCGUCAUGGAGGAGACGUUUGUAACAGUCUCGUCUGAUCUGCCACGUGAGUUUCUUUCUGCAAACAUCGGUAGCACAUUUCGCCAACAACUCGAGCCUUUGAACCCAGCACCGGAGGUGGUGAGCUUCCCCAACGACCCACUGGAUGUAUCCGUUGAGCUCCAAAACAGUGAAGAUCCCUCGAAACGCCAGAAUUUUGUGAUGACGGCCGAUACAAACAAGGUGGUCAAAGCCAAGUCUACAUUUAGGGUCCAAAUCAAGCUUCGUGGAAUGUCCACGCAAAUCAUGCCAAUCAUACCUUUCUUCGUGGCUUCACAGCCGCAGCAGCUUUGUGCACCGGCGGAUAUGACUAUUGGCUUCUGCUUCGAAGGAGAACCUCCUGAAACAGAAGAGAGCAACAUGAUCAAGAUGGUCCUUUACUCGUCAGUUGUAAUCGAUCGAAUGGAAACAAACCUUGAUCUCGACCUCAUCGCGGGUGCCAUUGGAACUAUUUUGUACCACUUUCAAGUUGUGAAAGAAACAGUGGAAUGCGCAAAGGGCCUGAUUCCAUUGAAUAAUGUGGGAUCAGAGGACCCGUCAGCAUCAAACCUCGAGACAGAUGACGACCUUUCCUCAACUACAAGCAUCAAGAUUCAAAAAUCAAUGAAAGGACGCAGAAUACUGGUUCAUAGGCAGCUACAUCGCAGCCGAGAAACGGGAGGCUUACUCAUUGCAAACUUCCUUCAAGUUCGCAGCUAUAAAUUUACUCUCUGGAGACACAACGUUGUCGUCUACACACCAACUCUAUCAUCUGAACCGGGCACUUCCAGCUUUGGACGGCAAAAGAAAGCUUUCCCCUUGCUGAAAUUGCUGUCUUUUGACGCGAAAAAAAUUGAGGUCGGCAACGAAGUUUCCUUUCCAGAAGGAGCAAGGCGGAUUGUGUUGAAAUGCGGUGUCGAAGAAGCUCGUCUUCGUUUUUGCAACAUCGAUGAAAUGACCACAGAAGCAGCACAGGCCUACUUAAGCCCCGACCCGCAGUCAGAACUCGUGGACUCAUUAGGUGACAACCAACAAGGAACAGAAAGAAGUGUCGAAUGCUUGGGACAGGCUCAGGAUCCGAAAUCCCAGAACGAAAAAGUAGACGACAACAAAGAGGAGCCAGCGACAGAUACUGAGAGCUUGGGUGCAGAAGUAGGACCAACCAACAACGAGAAUUUGGAUGCUGUGAAUGGUGCCUCAACCGGAGGUGAGAAUGCACGAUCAAAUGACGACCAACAGGGGCUUGCAGGGACCAAUGAUGAGACUUUGGAUCGAUUGGGUGACCAACAGGGAUCAACAACAGACGACAAAAUUCUGAAAGAACAAGCACCAGAAGAAGCCAACCUAGCGUCCGCUGACUCCCCGGAUCAUGUAGAAGGAGACCGAGAGGGACAUACAUGUGAUGACGACGAUGACGAUGGCGACAAUCUCGAUCCAAAUGACGAUGGCGACAACCUUGAUCCAAGAGAGAACGAAAUCGGAAUGGUCGAAUUUUUCCACUUUGGUCGCUGUGUGCCAAUCCGUCCACCGAAGAACGACGACAGCACUUCGAAUGGUCGAGAACGCGCUAUUCUUCUACGAUGUGAAGACUACUUCAGUGGGUUCCGAUCUCGUUCCUUUGCCGCUGAAAUCGGUACUGGAGGGACUGUGAGCUUGCGCUUUGACGAAUUCGAGAGCGUGUUCCUACUUGUCCUCGAAGCCCUCGUGAUGCCAACGUGGUCGAAACCAACCUCAUUUCCGUUAAUAGAGAAACGAAGGUUCCCUGAACGGUCGGUAGGAUCGCUACUCCAUUCAUUGCUUCCUGGAACUGCGGGAAGAUUUCGAUUUUGGCGCCUGGUGCGAAAACUCGUUUUGUUGCUGUUGCCAAGUGAUCUGCGAGCUGUGCUACUGCGAGUUCGAAUGGGUGACGUCCUCGUCACAAUCCCAACUGUGAAGGGACAACAUCCGGAUCCUUUGGUGACAGAGAAAUGUGAUUUGAUGGUUCGUUGUCUGGAGCUUCUGACCUGGUACAUUCCUCCCGAAGAUAGCUUCCAUGAGAACAUGAUGUCUGCUGCAGCCCUGGAAGGAAAGCCUUGGUCCAGCUUGAUCUCCAAAGAGUGCAGAGGCUUCAACCAACGGUUGACGUGUACGCAAAGCUUUCACGUGACUUCGAAUACCAGUGAUUUCGAGAGUGAGUCGAUCGAGGUUUUGCCGGAGUUUUCAGUUGCUCUCGAUUACCUGCAAGCCAAGAUCACAUCAUCUGUAGAGAAUACUCUGUCCGUCAACGACUCCGAGCAACUCCGUGACAUUGCUCGUUUCAUGCGACGAUUUUUGAUCCGCUGUGUUGACAUCAUAAUGAAUCUGAGAAGGAGACUAUCCUUCUUAAAACGGCGCGUUUCCAUCCCCGGAGAAGAGGAGCAAGAAUGCAGCGAAGCCAACAAUGACCAGCCCAUCAGUGUGGUUUGUGCCGACGUGGAAAAGUCUGUUCGCGAGGCUAAGCAGUUUCUUCUUCGAAUGUGUCGUGAGUUCGACGACAACAUUCACAAUCAUGCCGUUGAGCUGAGACGGAAAGACGAAGCUUUGGAGAGACUGCAGCAGCUCGUAUUCUUGAAGGAAAAAGAGCGAAUCGCGGCUGUUGCCAUGGCAACGUCUCCUAUCGCUGGGUGGCUCCGUGUGGGAGGGACACAUCAGAGCGGACAACGUGUGGCAUCAACAUCGACACUCUGGAGGUUCUGGGCCGUACUGCGACGCGAUACACUGAUCCUGUACAGUGCACCUGGAAAGUAUAAACCGAUGGAUGUGGUGAUGUUGCGCGGGGCAAAGCUUCGUGUUCUUGCGGGAGGGCGGAACAAGUGGGAGUUGAAGAGGGCGUUUGGAAUUGUAGAAUCUGAGGGGAAGACCAGGUUUUUCGUGGUUGAAAGUGACGAUGAAUACAGUGGUUGGACGCGUGAAAUAGACAAGAUCAUUAGCUACCACGUUUCCGUCGAAAAUGAAAAAGAGGCAGCUAUAUUGGCCGACAACGCUGACAAGGACAUCAUUCCAGACACCGAGACGACACCAACCAAAUCAUCCGAUAGAGACGACAAAUCUGUGGGUUUGCAGAGCAGUGUAGACCCCAAAACGGUCGAUUCUCAGUCGGAGGCAAAAGUAGACGAGCAGGAAGUGGAAGGAAAUGCUUCUGUAAAAUCAGAGUCGGAAGGAGUGUCACCGUCGACUCCAAGUCAAGGAUUCCGCAGCAAACUUGCAGGCCUUGGGUCAUCGCUGAGAAAAUCAAAGCAGGAGCCAGCACCAACAAGACCCACAAACAGUGAAACUGAUACAGAGGCCCCACCCGAAGAGGAAGUCGUAACAGCCACAACCAGUAAUGAAGAUGCAGAUCAAUCAGAACCAAGUGAAAGCAGCGAUGCAAUGUCUACCAAAAAGGCCGAACAAGAUGGCAACGUGAGCCGCCGUCAACAAUUGGCUGGCAAAGUUGCCGGGGUCGGCGGCAAAGUUGUCGGGGUCGGUGGUAAAGUUGUUGGAGUCGGCAAAGCAACUGGUCGCUGGGGUUCCGCCUUGAUUUCCGCUACAGGGCGGAAGGGACGGGAAGUUGCCGAUCGAACACGUCGUGCGGCGAGUUCCACCAAGGACGACAACCUCAACACCUCAGCUCAUAACACUUUGCACGUCAUUUCCGAGACAGAAACAGAAAGGAGUUGGUCUUGCCCGACGUGCACGUUCCUCAACACCACCAAAGAGAGUGACGUUGAAAUUCUCACAUGCUCCAUGUGCGAGACCCCAACCGAAGCUAGCAAUAUCGAGUUUGAACGGUCAUCCAUCACACCGAACGAAACAACUGAAACCGAAGCAGCCGUUGCAGCAAAUGCAGAUGAACAAGAUGCGACGCGGGAUCGGCUAGGUUCCACCGACUCUGACCAGGACAGAGGAAUAUUUCGAAGAGCGCAAUCGUCGCCGAUUGAUGCACGUGAGAGACUAAACUCGACUGAUUCCGACACGGGUUUGUUUCGUCGAAGCCAGUCGUCGGGCAGCUUCGGUGGCUUUGUGGAAGAGGAUGAAACCAGUAUCAUCUCUGAUCUCGCAAUGGAUGAAAUAUCGGAAGCCGCUCGAUCCGCUGGUCGUCGCCCCAGUGGUUCUCGCAGUCGUCUGGGGGGUCUUGGUACAGCUCUGGGAGGAUCCCGUCGAACUCGACAGAAUCGUCCCCCUGAUUCUUCUGAGAAGAAAGGGUGGUUCUCUCGUCUUGGGUCCAAUGUUUCGAGUACUGACGAAGGUGAUAAUUUUCACAAGAAUCAACCUGCGCUGAAGCUGAAGAACGUUCGAAUCGACCCAUCAGUUGAUUUUGUAGGUAGCGGCACGCCCUCCUUCAAUGUGCCUCUUAGAAAGCUUGACGGGAUGUGCUACGCCCUGGUUACUGUUUGUGAUUCCAAUUUGAUAAGAAGCAAUGUCGCCUGUGACCUUUUCGAAUCGAUAAGCAAGGACGGAGAGGGUGCAAGUGUUGCGACUCCACGUGACGAUCAAAGCAUUGCAGGGAAGAAGGAUGUUGAGUCAACAGAUUCGUCAGAAGAGCUGUUCAGCAUUCGAGUCUUCGACGUAGCGUCCAAUGACGAUCACAGAGUACCGAGACUCGAAGUCUUCAAAACUUUCUCUGAGGUUGUUGGCUUUCACGCGGAAGUUUCGGAGGUUGUGGGGGAUUUGCUACAGCAUCCCUUGUUUCACGAGAAAUCAUGGGAGCGAAAUGCUGCUGGUGAAAUGUCUUCAGGCCUUCAAAAUGCUCUGGGCAUAUCUCCACUGGAUGGCAUUCGAAUCAGCGGUGCUUUCUUGGCGGGCCUGGUAGAAGCCCGGUCAGGCGCAUCUCCAGCAGCCGUCCCGUCUUCUCGUUGUGCUGAGGCCUUAACGGACUUCCUGAACGCCGCGCUUGAAUGCCCACUAUCGAGCGCAGGGCACUACGCCCUUCGAGAAUUCUUAUCCCUCCAGGAUGUGUCUUCAAAAGAAGUAUGGUCGGACCUUGGAUGUGACGACAUUGUAACAUCAGAGCAAGGAGCCGACGGCGAGAUGGGCAAAGGUAGUGACUUACCACUAGAACGUUCUCAUCGGAACAGCGCUGAAGCUCCGAAGAAAACGGAUGCGCUGAUGGAAUUGUCUUCCAAAUGCAUGGGCGAACUGGUUCUAGCCGAACAAAAUGGCAGGCUCGCCACAAAUUUGCUCGAUUCCCUUUCAACAAUCAACGAGUCAUCUGGGCAAGUCACCUUCUUGGAACCUUUGCUGCCCAACCAUGUGACAGAGAACUUGCAAGAAGCCAUGCAUGCUGCAUUAAUGAAGGUGAUGGCAGAACGAGACGAAGCUCAUGCGCAGCUCGUUUCGGCAAGUGUCUUACAUGCCCAUACAUUGGAGCAGGAAAAGAAGAAGGUCCAAAGGUUGACUGCAAAGCUGGAUCUAGCAAAAGCAAACAAUCUUAAACAGCACCAGGGUCCCAUGGCUCCCAUUGGGCCUUUAUUUGGUGAUCGGAGGAAACGGAUCCAAGAGGAACAAGAAGAGCGAGAAAAGUUGCUCAAGAUUGAGCUUUCAAUGCAACAGAACGCUGAUGCAGAGAUCGUUGCGCUUUGCAACCAGCUUUCAGGGGAGAUUGCUGCUCGAACCCAAGCGGCACUCGAAGUAAUUCGUCUGAAGGAAAGCCGCAAAAUAGAACGCCAACACGAAGCCGAAGAGAAGCAAGCGCUAAGGGAGGAAUUGGGCCGAUUGAAGGAGCGCUUGGCAAUGGAAGAGCAGAAAGUACAAGAAGCCCAACGUGAAAAGGAACGAUGGCAGCAAUACUAUGAGCUGGCAAAGGCGUCAAAUGGGUUGAAACGAGAUGGCGAAGACGAGGCAACAUCUUAGAACCAGGAGUGACUGUCACUCGGUCUUCUCUUAUCCCAUGUGUACUGCUAGCUAGGCUUGCUUUGGAGGCAGUCCUGACUGGCACAAUGGACGUCGGUGGUGUAGCAUAGGUGCUUCUUUGUAGUUGUACAAUAGCUAAGAGGGAGAGAAAAAUAUGAAAUAGCAGGAACGGAGAACUACUAGUUUCGUUGAUUAGAUUCCAGG